AUGGCCACGGCGCGCGCGAGUAGGCGCCUGGCCCCGGGCGACAACGCGCACGCGCCGCACCCGCACGCCACGCCGGCGGUCGGCCCCGUGUCGUCCGGCUCCGGCUCCGGCGGCGGCGGGCGGGCGCAGGAGUUCAACCUGUCCUCGGGCGCGGCCACGGCCGUGGUGUUCGUCUCCAUCCUGCUCUGCUUCAUCCUCCUCUGCACCUACUGCCGUUGCGCGCGGCAGCGGGCAGUGACGGAAGCGCGCCGCCGCGUCAUGCGCGACCUCGCCCCGGGCGUGGCGCUCUUCCUCCGCCCCUCCGCGGCCGCGCUGCCGCCCGUGGUGCCGUACGCGGCCGCGGCCGCCAGCGCCGGAGCCGCCAAGAAGAAGGGCCUGAUGCCCGAGGACUGCCCCAUUUGCCUCGAGCCCUUCGGCGACGACGACGGCGUCAGGGUCGUCCCCGCGUGCGGCCACCUCUACCACGCGCCCUGCAUCGACCGCUGGCUCGACGUCCGCAACUCCUGCCCCGUCUGCCGCUGCGCCGUGGCCACCCUCUACGCCGCCGCCGACCGCGACAGGGACGCCGCGGCGGUGGCCGACGGUGCCCACGACGACGACGACGAUCAGGAGGCCGUCCUGCAGCGCGUCGUCGCGAUGAUCGAAGCCAUAAGAGACGAACAGAGAGAAGACGCGGUGGCGCGGCGCGCGGCGGCCGGCGGAGGCGGAGGGUCAUGA